AUGAGCCGGAGAUCCGCGGCCUGCUUGCGGUGUUGCUUGGUGAUCUUUGCGGUGGUUUCUGCCCUCUGUGUAUGUGGGCCCGCUCUCUACUUCAAGUUCAACAAGCGCCUAAAAUUCGAAGGGGUUUCGUCUUCUUGUCUUCCCUGCAACUGCAAAUGUGCUCCUCCUCAAUCCCUUUUUCAGAUUGUUCCUGGUUUGGCAAAUCUUUCCAUUACAGAUUGCGGGAAAGAUGAUCCUGAUGUGAAGGAAGAAAUGGAGAAGCAAAUUGUGGACUUAUUAUCAGAAGAGCUAAAGCUGCAAGAAACUGUUAGCGAAGCACAUUCCCGACACAUGAACAUCACUUUAGGAGAGGCCAAAAGAUUAGCUUCCCAAUACCAAAGGGAGGCCGAAAAAUGCAAUGCUGCCACUGAGACCUGUGAGGGCUCCAGAGAAAGGGCAGUGGUGCUUCUCACUAAGGAGAAGAAGAUAACAGCUCUGUGGGAGAAAAGGGCCCGGGACCUUGGUUGGGAAGGUGAAUAG